UUGCGAUGAAAUAAAAAUUCAUUAAAUGCGUAUGCGAUGCAAAUUUGUGUAAUAAUUAUUAAUAUUUCUAGUUAUUCCGUGUAGAAUACAAAUGGUACUUAUGAACAAGUAUCAAUAAACAUUCUAUUUCUGUUGCGCUCAAUAAAUGAAUCAAACGAUGUUUACAAUAUGUUACAAUCGUAACAAUUGUGUGCUUAAUAUAGAACCGUUUCCACUUUCCAAAGUAACUCACAGGCGAUAAUAAGUUUAUGUUUAAUCCCAUUAUAUUAUACAUAAAUUAUAAUAAAAUUAUUAUUAAAAUUAUACAAAAUCGAGAAGAAAGUGAGCCGGUCAAAUCACGCAUUAAAAAUGAACUUGAAAAAGAAGUGCUUAAGAAAAUGUACACUCGAGAUUCUGGAAAAGCUUUCAGAUCGUUCAUUUAUCAUCGUCGUUUUCAAGGAUAACAUUUUUAUUAUGAACGUGAACAGACUUUUCCAUCAUUAUAUAAUCGAUGGAAGGAAAUAAGUUUAAGGAUUGUGUUUACAGCGUAAAGCAGAAGUUUUUCCGAUAAUUAUAAUACAUUUAAGAAACUGAAAAUUUAUUACAUAAAAUAUGCCUAUAAC